AUGGCCCCCACCGUCACUGCCACUCCCUACGACUUCCCUAGGCUGAGAGUCUCAGUUCACCUCGACGACGAUACCAGCUAUCUUGCAGAGGAUGACCCUGUCCCGGAAUUUUUUGAUGUAAAAUUCUGCCCCUACCAGCCGCUGAAUGCAAGGCCAGUCUUUGCUGCUGUCAGCAAGAAGCAUAUCGUCAUCUGCCGCCUCACAGCAACAGCAGAUGACUCAAACCCUUGCGAAAUCAUCAGCAUAAUUCGCGAUGAUGAUCCCGAGGCAAGAAACUACUGCUGCACCUGGACUAAGGAUGUUGUGACCGGAAAGCCACUUCUGUGUUACGGUGGUGAGGAUGCAAAGAUCAAAAUCUAUGAUAUCUUUGAGAAAAAGCUUGUCAACUGUUUAGUUGGCCAUGGAGGGGACAUCUGCGACGUCGUCACGUCUCCGUUAGACCCCUUGAUUGUUGCUUCCUGCUCAGACGACACAACCGUUCGCAUCUGGAGCUUGGACCCAAGACAUGAGAAACAGCCUUGCCUAUGCAUUCUCGGCGGCGAAGGCCAUUACUGGAACCUCCUCACGUUGGCCUGGCAUGAUACUGGCCGCUACAUCCUGUCCGCCGGUCACGAUCAGAUCAUCAACCUGUGGACUGUGCCGGACCUCCCGACCGAGCCUACAGAUCGUCCUGUCGAGGUCCACUAUCCUCACUUUUCCACUUCCGAAGUACACAGCAGUCUUGUGGAUUGCGUCGCCUUCUUUGGUGAUUACAUCCUCUCCCGCGCUUGCCACGACGAUGUCAUCGUUCUAUGGAAGAUUGAAGGUUUCUCCUCGGAAGAUCCACGGCCGUCGCAAGACAUGGCUCCCACCACCAUCAACCCGGCCAAUUUGACGCGGUCCGCGUUCAACCCAGGCGUCUCGGCCGAAUGUCCAGCACCGUACACCCGUCUGAUGGAGUUCGCGACUCCCGGCUGUGGUCCCCAAUUUUUCAUGCGGUUCAAGCUGCACUUCGUCCCAGACCAGCACCCGGUCCUCGCUUUCUGCAAUGCCAACGGGAAGAUUUUCUUUUGGGACUUUGAGCAAAUCACAGGUUUCCAUGACUACAUCAAGAAAGUAGAAAAGAACCCUGAUGCUCCCCCCGAAAGGCCGAGUUGGUUGACAGCCGUCGUCCAUCGUACGCAUGGUGGAGCCAAAGCUGAACCCACGGUAAGAGAGCGCAAAGCGGCUGGCAAGGCACACCCGUCAGAUCUUGAGCAAAUCCCCACGUUCGCCAAUGUGUACAACAAAGAGACGCUCUUGAUGUGGGAUACCAAGUACAACGUCGAGAACCCGCAAGUGCCACUCAAGCCUCACAAGAUAGAGAACUUCGGCGCGUCAUCGUUUACAUAA